AUGGGCUCUGCCCGCAAUAUCGUUCCGCCUUGGGGCGGUGACGCGCGCCUGGGCGACCGCGUGCUGAAGCAUGUAACCUCAUUGCUUCGCGCACGCGAUGAGGCCAUCGGCCAAGACCAGGUGAACCAUGAGGUCACAGUCUAUGACCCCGUUGAGGUCUUUGGAGCUGGCGGCGCCCUUGAAGGCGACGGACAGCUGGGCAUCCCACACUUCUUCAUGAAGGCAGGAACGCAGCCGAAGAUGGAUGAGAUGGCAGCCACUAUCAAGGCAGCAGAUGGCUAUGUUGUUGUCACAGCAGAGUACAACCACUCCUUGCCUCCUGCGCUGACGAGUCUCAUGGGUCAUUUCGGUGGAUCCAACUACAAGUGCAAGCCUUCUUGCAUCGUGACCUACAGCCCCGGCCCUUGGGCCGGCAUGCGUGCGGCCAUGGCGGCACGCCCUUUCCUCUCCGAGCUCGGCUGCAUCCCAGUAAGCAAGUUGGCGGCUUUCCCCGCACCGGCAGAGCUCUUUGAUGAGGAGGGUGCGCCCAAAGAUCCCGAACACCGCAUGCUCAAGCAGCUACCAGCCAUGGUUGGCGAGCUCGAGUGGAUGGCCCUUGCCAUGAAGAAGAUGCGGGACACCGCUGGCUUGCCAAAGUGA